AUGCUAAUAAGUACUUUAAGAAGUGUGAUGUUUCUAUUAAGCAAUAAUAUUUUUGUAAUUAUUGGAGUAAGAUGUGAAGAUACUAUAAAUAGUGAAGAGAUAACUACUUCUAUAGAAGAAUUUAACUCUCUAUUUAGGAACAUUCAAAUCAAUUUUUUAAAAGAAGUUUUUAUAAACAUAAUAGAGAAAGAUGAAAAUUUUUUAAUGAGAAAAAUGCCUUAA